UCUGUCGUCGGUUGCGGCAGCUCUGACAUCUCGUGUCGCCAGCCAACGGAAGUCGUGCAUUGCAAUAUCCUGAACAGCUCUUAUCCUUUGUAGCCCUGCGAGGUGUACUGUCGUGUAACGGUUUCUGUGCCAUUCAAAACGCUUUCACUUUUAAUCUCGAUCCAAGUGCGAGCUACGUGACUCCGCCUCGCCGUCAAUUUCCCUCGCUCUAAUCAACUUAUUGGCUGCGUGUGACCGCUCGCUGCAAAUCCUCUUAAUCAGCUUAGCUCGCUGCGCUCCAGCUCCUGGCCCCAUCCAGGACGCAUUGCUCGCUUUUUUGGCCGUCGGUUAAUUGAAAGUCUGGUCCAGGCAACGCCGCAGCGGCAAUUGACAAUUUCACGGUCCGAUUUAGUGCAGCGGCAGACGCAAACUCCGACGGAAUGAAGCUCGUGGUCUACUGCUAUUUAUCCAUGAUUGUGCUGGGCGUCCAGGCGUGGCCCACCGUGAAGCGCUCCUUUGAGCUGUAUCCGGGCGCAGCAAUGCCCUACACCGAGCACCGAAUCGCAGAUUGCAUGCAUGUGGCCUCGGAGCCAGGUGAUUACAUUUUCAAGAAGUCAGCCGCAGCGCCGCCAGCGGCUCCAUUGGCCGCGCUCAAUUUCAACAGAGAUGCGACGCUGCUGGAGCUGGAGGCGGCCACCAGCGAGCAGUUGGAGGCAGCUGCUGCCGCCGAGUCCGUCUGCGGCCUCUAUGUGAUUGGUGAGCCAGACACGAUUGUCGAGAUAACCAUGAAGCACUAUGACGUCAAUUGCGAAUCGGGUGGCCUGAUGGCGUUUGUGGACGGCUGGGAGCUGAAUGGCGAGUACUUUCCAGCAGUCAAGGAUCAUCAUCGUCUGCUCGAGGAUCGUGUGUUUGAGUUCUGCAACAACAACAAGCAAUGGCCACGCUUUAGCAACAAGAAAUUCUUUCGAUCCAGCCAGAAUGCUGCACUGCUGCAGUACCGCAUACCCACUCGCGGCUCCUUUGUGGCCAACGUGCGCUUCCACAAGAUAUCGCAACCUUGCAACGUACUUGUCCAGGACACCGCCGCCGUCUAUCAGAUGUCAAACUUUGGACACGCUCGCAACUGCACACUCUCCGCCCUCUUUCCGGCUGCCGUCUCCCUGGGAUCUCUGCGCAUUGGCGGCAAGACUGUGCGCGCUCAGGAGAAAGUCAACUACGAUUGCCACCAAUACGAGGAUCGCUUAGACAUUGGUGGCUCGGCUGGGCUGGACACCACCAGCAUGGAGCUGGCCAGUGCCGUUUGCGGCGCCUCCACCGAGCUGGGCCCCGAGCAGGCUGUGUUCUGUGGCGUUACCAGCGUGCGUCUGGUCUCCACCGGCCGCUACCAGAAUCAGGCAGCUGUCAUCGUACGCAAGGCCGACGAGCACGAUCUGGAUAUAGCCACGCUCCUGUGCGCGCUAUAAGUGGCUGACUAAGGAGACGAAGGAAGGGAUGCGGCCGGCACAAUGAUUACAAUUUGAUGUUUGUAAAUAUGUAUGUGGGUGUGGAUGUGUAAGCACGAUGGCACCAGAGAGACAAG